UUAGAUAAAGAGGGCUUGGUUUUCCGCUUCGGGAAGCGCCCGAUAGUGGAUUUCAUUUUGUUCGUUCAUUUUCACGGCGAAAGGUGUUGAACACCAAGUUUAUUGCAAGCAUGGUGUCCCUGCAGACUAUUGCGAGUAUAGUGAUCAAAGUGCUGAAAUUGGUUCUCAACCUCAUUAUUCUGAUCCUGUAUCGUACAGGAUAUGGGGGAGAAUUUUUGGGUGUAGGUGGAACAUGGAACUUAAAUGAGGACAAAAAUCCCGAUACCGAGAUUGUCGCUUCCGGCGUCUUCGUCGGCUUCUUCGUCUACACGAGUGUCGUGCUCGUCAGCUACUGUUUUGGAAAUACCGAGCACAAAAAGACUCUAGUGGAAAUCAUCAUGAAUUUUGUCGGAACGUUCAUGUUUGUAGCUGUAGGUGGAACAGCUCUUCACUAUUGGCACGGUUACCAGCCUGACCAAAAAUUCAUAUACGAUGCACCAGAGAGGCAGAUCGGCCUUGCUGUGGGUUCGUUAUGCGUCUUAGAAGGAGCGACUUAUCUGGUGGAUCUCAUAUUGAGCUUCCUCCAUUACGCUAAAGACGAAUUCGCAUAAAAAAAGUAUUACAAGAUAACGUCGAUGACAACAGCGACGAUAUUCAAUAAUAAUUUCCCUCCGUUUCAUUUCAUCAAAAUCAACUCGUCAAAAAAAAUCGCAAAAUUAUCGCCAAUUAUUUCUACACUUCCGAGUAUUAUUAAUCAUUAUUUUUAGUACGGAGAGUCGUUUUCCUUUGUAAGAGAAAUGCAAAUAAUCUUAUCCUUCUUCAAAUAUUAAGAAGAGCAGCAAGUCUCCCCCCAUUAUACAUUUUUAUACAUAUUUAUUCGUACAUCGAUCAAAGUAAUACACAUGUAACAUGUUUCCCAACAAAAUUUCUCACGAAGAAUUUAUAUCAAACUGAUUUAUAAAAUAUAUUUCUUACAUAUGUAUAUAAGAGA